GAGAACAAAAAAAAUGGCACAAGAAAAUGUUGCAUUGUAUCCGCGAGGCUGAAAACAGUGCCCAUAGUUUCGGCCUUGGCAGCUAAUGGUUUGGGUUUGUUCCGUUUCCGUAAGAUAAAGGCGUUACUUGGCGACCCUCAUUCAUAAUUCUUACACGAGUUGACUCACCCACCAGCCCGAGUCAUAACUCGCUCACUCCUCUUCGCCAUGAUUUGUAGCAGCGAAGCCUCAUAAGCCAGAUCCUCCAAAAUGAUGAAUCACGAUUACUCCGAACACCACCAAAUCCUCCACGCCUCGCCGGACGAUGGAAUGGAGUCUCUCAUCCUCAACGACGACGACGACUCCUCCGUCCACCCACUCCGCCCCACGCCGCCGCAAAGCCCUAAUUCCCCUUUCAAUUCGUUCCUCGACCCUCCCUCCUACGCGGAAGCGAUCUUCACCUCCUUCGACUCCAACGGCCACGACCAAACCCUAGAAACCCCCACCCGAUCCGGCUCCGACUACUUCCUCCACAUCUCCGUCACCGAUCCUCAGAAGGAGCAGGACCUCGCCGCCUCCCUCGUCCCCGGCGGCACCGCCUUCUACACCUACCUCAUCACCACGCGCACCAAUUUCCCCGAAUUCGGCGACUCCGCCUCCGAAUUCUCCGUCCGCCGCCGCUUCCGCGACGUCGUCACGCUGGCCGACCGCCUCUCGGAGGCCUACCGGGGGUUCUUCGUGCCGGUGAGGCCGGAUAAGAGCACGGUGGAGAGCCAGGUGAUGCAGACGCAGGAUUUCGUGGAGCAGAGGCGCGCCGCGCUGGAGAAGUACCUCCGGAAGCUGGCGGCGCACCCGGUGAUCCGGCGGAGCGAGGAGCUGAGGCUGUUUCUGGAGGCGAAGGGGAGGCUGCCGCUGGCGAAGACCACCGACGUGGCGUCGCGGAUGCUCGACGGCGCGGUGAGGCUUCCGAGGCAGCUGCUGGGGGGAGAGGCGGAGCUUGGGGAGGUGGCUCAGCCUGCCAAGGGUGGGAGGGACUUGCUCAGGAUUUUCAAGGAGUUGAAGCAGUCUGUUACCAAUGACUGGGUUGGGAGCAAGCCCUUGGUUGUGGAGGAGGAUAAGGAGUUUAUGGAGAGGAAGGACAAGUUGGGGGAGUUUGAGCACCAUCUUAGCAAUGUUUCUCAGCAGGCCGAAUCCCUUGUCAAGUUUCAGCAAGACAUGGGUGAAACGAUGGGUGAACUAGGGCUGGCUUUUGUAAAGCUUACGAAAUUUGAGACAGAAGAAGCCAUAUUUGAGUCUCAGAGAGUGCGAGCUGCUGACAUGAAAAAUGUGGCAACAGCAGCUGUUAAAGCAAGCAGGUUAUAUAGAGAGCUGAAUACACAGACAAUCAAACAUUUGGAUAAACUACAUGAAUACCUUGGGACUAUGCUAGCUGUCAACAAUGCAUUUUCUGACAGAUCAAGUGCUUUGUUGACUGUUCAAACACUCUCAUCAGAACUAGCUUCUUUACAUUCACGGGUGGAAAAACUUGAAGUUGCUUCAUCCAAAAUAUUUGGUGGAGACAAGUCUAGGAUGCGGAAAAUUGAAGAGUUAAAAGAAGCCAUUAGAGUUACUGAGAAUGCUAAAAUUUGUGCAGAUAGAGAAUAUGAACGAAUCAAGGAAAAUAAUAGGAGUGAACUUGAAAGAAUUGACAAAGAGAGGAAUAGCGACUUCCUAAGCAUGCUCCGAGGGUUUGUUGUCAAUCAAGCAGGCUAUGCAGAGAAGAUGGCAGCUGUGUGGGAGAAGCUUGCGGAAGAAACGACUGCUUACUCAAGAGACAGCAGCUAAAAUGUACUUGGCUGUAAAUUUUUGUUUUCGCCCUUUUUAUGCAGUAAUUCUAGAUUUUGGUUACAUUAAUUUAAUCCUAUGUAGUUUCAUAUUACCAUUAGACGAUUUUUCAAUCGUAUGUAUAUUUCUGCACAUAUCUUUUUAUUUUUGUCCGAGUGUCCGACAUUCAAGAAUUCAAUGUUUUAAACUAAUCAGCGUUGUAAAUAUCUGCACAUAUCCCAUUUAUUUUCGUAUUAUAAAUUAAUUUUAAA